AUGAAACUUUUGCUAGCGUUGUUUGCCGUGCUACUGCUUGCCAGUUGUCUCGAAGCCAGCCGAUGCAUUCCAAAGCGAUGUCCAAGAAAUGAGAGCUUCACCUGUUGCGUGCCCUGUACGCAAAAGUAUUGCAGCGAGCAGGACAUCAAUUGUCCGGACGUCUGCCGUCCAGGGUGCGUUUGUCGUAAUGGUUUCGUGAGGGAAAAUCAGUUCGGUAACUGCGUUCGCCCAAAGCUGUGUCCAAAAUAAAAGCCCUGUUUCUGUGAUUAGAGUAGCAAAAAGGUUGAACGAAAAUAAAGCGUAAAAU